AUGUUGCCCCAUCCGACGUCCCUUGGACCUUAUAUUCCUCUUAAGCAGCAGCACCAAGAAAUUCGACUUGUAACCCUGCAACCAGGGAAAUGGGACGAUCCAAUCCAGUGCGAGUUAUCAACGAUGCAUCUCCACGAAGCUCAUUCGUCAUAUGAAGCCCUAUCUUAUGUUUGGGAUGCAGAGCCAGGCUCUGGCGAGAUGAUCCUCAACGGCCAUCCACGCGAUGUAACGAAGAAUUUUUUUCUGGCCUUGCGACGAUUGAGAAAAAGUUCAGACAUUCGAGUCCUUUGGGUCGAUGCUUUGUGUAUCGAUCAAGAGAACCACAUUGAGAAAUCCCAUCAAGUUAAUCUCAUGGGAGAAAUUUACAGAUGCUGUGCGCGGGUCUUCCUAUGGCUGGGAGAUGAUUCGAAUGGU